AGACUCGCCACGUACCCAGGGUAGCUUUCAACUCUCUUUUUCUAUAUCCUCGUGUCGAAGAUUCAAGGUUCGUCAGCGUGCGAUCUCUACUUACUGGCCCGCCAAACGAAAUUUACUACACAAUGGCCCACAACCGAAAGAUCAGCAAGGCCAAUGGCCAGGAGAUCAACGUCGACGUUCUCGUCAUUGGCGCUGGCCCGACAGGUCUUGGAGCGGCAAAGCGUCUCAAUCAGAUCAACGGUCCUUCAUGGUUGAUCGUUGACAGCAACGAGAUUCCCGGAGGUCUUGCCUCGACUGAUAUCACUCCCGAGGGUUUCCUCUACGACGUUGGUGGCCAUGUCAUCUUCUCUCACUACAAGUACUUCGACGAUUGCAUUGAUGAAGCCCUCCCUCUCGAGACCGAUUGGUAUCACCACCAGCGCAUUUCAUACGUGCGAUACAAAGGCCUUUGGGUGCCGUACCCCUUCCAGAACAACAUCUCCAUGCUGCCGAAGGACGACCAGGUGCUAUGUUUAGAGACUUUGAUCGAUGCUGCUUUGGAAGCGCGCGUUGCUUCCACCAAACCGAAAGAUUUUGAUGAAUGGAUUCUGCGGAACGUGGGUGAACACUUGGCCAACAUUUUCAUGCGACCAUACAAUUACAAGGUUUGGGCGGUGCCGACAACCAAGAUGCAAUGCCAAUGGCUGGGUGAGCGUGUUGCGGCUCCCAACGUCAAGCUGAUCACAAAGAAUGUCAUCUUGAACAAGGCCGCUGGCAAUUGGGGCCCGAACGCCACUUUCCGCUUUCCCGCGCACGGCGGUACUGGCAACAUCUGGAUCAAAGUGGCCGACACUCUCCCGAAGGAGAAGACGCGCUUCGGUAAGCAUGGACAGGUCGACCUCGUAGAGGCCGACACCAAGCGCGUUCUGCUCGGAGACGGAACUGUGGUCAAAUACAAGAAGCUCAUCUCCACCAUGUCCGUGGACUACCUUGCCCAAGCAAUGCGGAACGAAGAACUCAUCGACAUGACGAAGGGUCUGUUCUACAGCACCACUCACGUCAUCGGAGUGGGCAUUCGAGGCGAGCGCCCCGAACGCAUCGGGGACAAGUGCUGGCUCUACUUCCCUGAGGACAACUGCCCCUUCUACCGUGCUACCAUCUUUUCGAAUUACAGCCCAAACAACCAGCCCGAGGCAUCGGUCAAGCUUCCCACAAUCCAGCUUGCCAAUGGAAAGCCGCCCGCCAUUACUGAGGCCCGUCAAGGUCCAUACUGGAGCAUCAUGCUCGAAGUUUCUGAGUCGAGCAUGAAGCCUGUGAACCAGGAGACAAUGUUGGCAGACUGCAUCCAGGGUUUGAUCAACACGGAGAUGCUCCGACCCCUUGAUGAGAUCGUAUCCACCUACCACCGCCGCUUCGAUCACGGCUACCCGACACCUUCGCUCGAGCGUGAAGGCGUACUGACCAAGCUGCUGCCCAAGUUGCAGAGCAUGGACAUCCUCUCCCGUGGACGCUUCGGUAGCUGGAGAUAUGAGGUUGGCAACCAGGACCACUCUUUCAUGUUGGGUGUCGAAGCUGCAGACCACGUCGUCAACGGAGCCGCUGAGCUGACGCUCAACUACCCCGACUUUGUCAACUCUCGAGCCAACACUGAGCGGCGCUUGGUGGAUGGACUGCAAGCUUUCCAGAUCGCCGACGUCGCCAAGUAGAUGUUUCGGUGUUCUUCGGUCCUCACAUCGUUACAAGAUUUUGGCAGUAUCUCAUCGCCUUGGCAAUGGCAGACCGUAACGCGAUGCAAAUUUCAGGAGGGGUCUUUUCAUUCAAUCUCGACCUUAGGAGGUAGCGCAGUAUUAUUUCGGUUGUGGCGUUGCUGGCACAGCGCAUCUGAGGAAGGAAAAUCUGCAAUUAGUCUGUUGCAUUCAUAACGAUGGAGACGCCACGAUUUUCGCGACGAACCGGAAGCCCGUUCACGGCUGUCGGACUUUUGGUGUGGUCCGAUGAGGGCAUUUUUGACAACGAAUAUACAACUAGAUUGGCAACUUGCAUGUUGCUCUAAUUUUGAUUCACCAAAUCCGCAUAGCUUUAGAACAUGACCUCAAUCCAGCGAGUAUUCCUCACAUACGUCAGCAAGACCACGGGCUUGAUGAUCGUAGUU